AGUACUGUUAAAGGUCACCUAGACAACAUUACACGCACUCACUCAUACCGCACUGCGCUAAAAAAAAUAGCAAACCGAAACUUUUCUAUAAUAAUUUAGCCAAGCAGAACGUUUUUUUAAGAAUUCGGAAUUAACUAGAAAAGUAUGCAAGAAUCCAAAGAAUUCGAGCAGGAACCCAUUGCGCCCGAAACCGAUGCUGAUCCCGCUGCAGAUGGGCGGCGCUCCACUGGGAGCAAUGCCAGCAUCUUCACCAAUCUCCCCGCGCGUGGUUCUUCGGUGGAUUCCUCGCAGGUGCCACCGAAGAAGAGCAGCGUUGUCCAGGAAUCAAAGCGUUCCCGGGAACUCUCCCGAGAUUCUAUGCCCUUCUUCGUGGACAGCGAGAAGGACCUGAAAAGAGAUGACAGCGAGCUAUUCUUGCCGAGGCAGUCCAAAUCGGACAGCGGACGAGACGGGGUUCUAGGAAUACACCAGUCGUCUGCCCAACGGGUGCGGGACACCUACCAUGCCGUUAAGGAGCGGUUACAAGCGCCAGUUGGAGACGGUCCCAGUAUUUAUGACAGAUUAAAAGCCGCUGUGAAACACGUGGUAAAGACAUCCGAUAAAACCGCCUACAACGCUUUCGAGCAGAUCCUCAAAUCGCAGAAUCAACCGGCGCUGGAUCGUGAAGCCGGCAACGCGGCGUUCAAGCAAGCGGAGUAUAACGACGCUAAAAUAAGCGAAGAACUCUUUAAGACCGAAGGCGCUCUGGAAGAACGGGUAGACGCGCAGCAGGACGAAGAGACCGGCAAAUCGAAGAUUCCCAAUCUUCUGCGAAUCUAUCCGUACCUGCGCAACGCCGGGAUCAAUCGGCUGUUUUCCCGCGAAACGGCGUGCGCGCUGAGUGUCGCUGCAAAGAAACUGCUGGAUAACGACGCGAAAGUGCUGAACGUAAAAUUUUGGGGGAUUAUUUAUGGAGCUAAAGCGGAUUAUUAUGUUCUGGAAGCGGAAGCCGAGCCGCAUGACGAUGAAGAAGAAGAGGAGCAACCGGAAGCGGCAGAAGAAAUUCCAGCGGAAGAAGAAGCCGGGGAAAUGGCGGAAAACGAUGCUUUCGCUAACCUUCCACCAAUCCCGAAGCCUAUGUUGAAACCCCUCCCGGCGUUAGCGAAGGAACCAAACGGAACCGGCGUAAACACGAAAGCGUAUUUCAUCGCUAACAAAUUGGACGGAAAUUGGACGCGCUUGCCGCCGGUUACACCCGAUCAAGUAAUCAUCGCCCGAAGAAUACAGCGCGGCUUUAUCGGGGAUCUUAACGCCAAAGUUCCAGUUUUCCCGGCGUUUCCCGGUACCGAAGCGCAUUAUCUGCAUGCGCAAUUAGCGCGAAUUUCCUCCACGACGCAUAUCUGCCCGAACGGAUAUUAUUUACUGGAAUCUGAUGAAGACGUUGAAGAAGGAGUAGCGCCUUCGUUUAAUCUAACUGAAAAUCCCGAGUACCAAGCGCCCACGAUGCAGCAGCUGUCUCAGCCGCACAUGAAGUUCUGGACACACUACGGACAAUACAUUCUGCGGCAGGGAAGAACGUUCUUUUACGAUGCCUUUGAAGCGAACAAGGAAGAAGACGAGGAAGAGGAAGCCGAGGAGGACGAAGAAGGCGAAGCCAAAGCACCGAAACCCAAAUAUCCGCUGUGGUACCCGGAGAAAGCCGAUUGGUACGAACCCGAGCAGAACGUCCCGCCGCCGCUGUGUUCCGUCAUGAGCGACAUCGGUAUCGAUGGCUAUCCGCCAUGGUCGAUCCAUUUCGGCUCGCGCAUCUUCCCCAGUCAGUCAUUCCUUAUCCUGCGAUCCAAUUUGUGGCCGGGAGCGGUGACGAUCCUGUACAAUCAGGGCAAAGAGUUCUUCAACAUGUAUUUCGGACGCGGCCUGAAAUACCGUUCGCAGUUUGUCCCGAAUCUCCCUGGCCAUGUCAAGCACGAAAAGUAUGACCCAACGCUGCACGAAGAGACCGAUCCCACGCCGGAAGAGGAGGAGGAGAUUCGGCGCGCGGCCGGACUAAAUGAUGAGGAGAACAAGGAGGGUGAAGAAGAAGGCGAGGAGGAAGCCGAGGAAUGAACAUGCAAAGCUGGCCGCCUUGUUUUAGAGUGCCAGCGAGCAUUCGAAUUCUGUUGUGUUGUGCUGCUGGGACUCUGAGUUUCCGCUUAGUGGGACUCUGUCGUCUUUACGGACUGAUUCAGUUUUUGUUUGGCUUGCGUUUAAGGAGCGCUAAGCUAAAAUGACUGCGGCGAUAGCAAUGCCGAUUUUAUGAUGCUUUUAGUCGCUAUAUAAGUGUGAGACAAGGAAAUUAAAAUAGCCAUAAAAA